UCAGCCCUAAAAGAGGUACUGAGAUUCCCAGAGAGGCUAGGGCACCCCCUCUCCACUGAAGGAACCGCAGAGUGGAACAUGUCAUCCUACAUAUGUUUAUACAACUGUUGAACUGAGCACAUAACACAGUGUUGCCUGUGUACACAUGUGCAUACACAGGACUAGCUCAGACAGGCAAGUCCAAAGGCAGCCAAAAACCAAGGGGAUAGGAGGUUGGGUCUGCAGGUGAAAGCUGUGUGCACCUUGCUGAAGAAGGGAGAGGAGCAAAGGAGAGUUGUGACCUCAAAACUAGAUUGAAAGGAAGAAGGGGGGGCAGAUGGCCUAGAUACAACCCUCUCCUGCCCCAAGAAUGAGAGAUGGUUUCUCACCCAUUUCCUCUCUGUGUCUCUCACUGUCCUUCUCCACCCUGACCCUCUGUGUCACCCCCUACCCUUCCUUAUUUCAUUUCUGUCUGUCUUCUCUCCCCAUACCCUCUCCUCUGCUCACCGCCUCCAGGCCUCCCUGACUCAGUCCCUCACACCUCUCCACCACCCUACAAUGCCCCCCAGCCCCCGGCCGAACCCCCUGCCCCGCCCCCACAGGCAGCCCCCUCCUCGCACCAUCACCACCACCACCACUACCACCAGUCCGGCACCGCUACCCUCCCGCGCUUAGGCGCAGGCGGCCUGGCUUCUUCCGCGGCCACCGCUCAGCGCGGUCCCUCAUCCUCGGCCACUCUGCCGCGGCCCCCGCACCAUGCCCCGCCUGGCCCGGCCGCCGGGGCGCCCCCACCCGGCUGCGCUACCUUGCCCCGCAUGCCACCCGACCCUUACCUGCAGGAGACUCGCUUCGAAGGCCCACUGCCCCCGCCGCCGCCUGCCGCCGCAGCCCCGCCGCCGCCGGCGCCCUCUCAUACUGCCCAGGCCCCAGGAUUCGUGGUGCCCACGCAUACGGGGGCGGUAGGCACGCUACCACUGGGGGGCUACGUAGCCCCCGGCUACCCCUUACAGCUGCAGCCUUGCACUGCCUACGUGCCGGUCUACCCGGUGGGCACGCCCUAUGCAGGCGGGACCCCAGGGGGAACGGGAGUAACCUCCACGCUCCCCCCGCCGCCCCAAGGCCCAGGGCUGGCCCUGCUGGAGCCAAGGCGCCCGCCGCACGACUACAUGCCCAUCGCGGUGCUGACCACCAUCUGCUGCUUCUGGCCUACGGGCAUCAUCGCCAUCUUCAAGGCAGUGCAGGUGCGCACAGCCUUGGCCCGUGGAGACAUGGUGUCGGCCGAAAUCGCUUCACGUGAGGCCCGGAACUUCUCCUUCAUCUCCCUGGCAGUGGGCAUCGCAGCCAUGGUGCUCUGUACCAUCCUCACCGUAGUCAUCAUCAUUGCCGCUCAGCACCACGAGAACUACUGGGAUCCGUAAGGAUGCCCCUGGCCCGGCCCCACCCUGCGCCCCUUGACCUCCCAAGUGCGUUCUGCAAUCACGCCCUGGAUCCAAUGGGCGCCUUGCACACCCGCAUCUGGGGCCACCGAACUUCGAUAAAUCCUACACUCGGCCUCCAUGGAACCUCUCGCCUUGCGAGCACGAUCCGAAUCCAGUUCCUCAGGAACCCCGAAAAAGUCCGCACCCCCAGGGACGCCGCUUCCCGGGAUCCCUGCCAAACGCCAGGCCCUCAGUCGCUCCAGGCCCCCACCCUCUCUAAAUGCAGCACCCCCAGUCGAGCUCCGUGGGUCUCUGCUCCCCAGCCUGGAGACUGGUCCCUAAAGCCACACCUCCUCUGUAGGCUCCGCCCCGGCUCUGACAAAACCCCGCCUCCAGGUCGGCAGGCUCCGCCUUCUUUUCUUCCCCGCGGGGUGAUUCAGUCCGGUGAUUGGGUUUGUGGCGCCAAGCCUCGCCCCGAGGCCGACAGAUUUCUCCGCUUCCCCCGGCGCGGGGGCCGAGCCCCAGGGUAGCCACGCCCCGCGCUCACUCCCGUUUUUGCUAGUACAGUUUCGUCUGUCCUCCGCCAGGGUCUCCGCCUAUUUUCUCGCUAAUCCCAGAACCUCUAUCUACUUUUGUGCUUUUUGGAAUGAGAUUUGGAAGGUUCCCAGUUUAGUACCCUUCACCGUGGGAUGAAGAUUACGUUUCCGUUCGCUGUAAAUAUUCCCACCUAUCCCAAUCCCUGGGCAGCCGGGCAGAAGGGAACCCAGGGUACAGACCUCCCAAUGUCGGGAGGGAGCCGGCCCGCUCCCCACGCCCUUUGGCAGUCCCCACCUUGUUCUGAUCUGUGUGUGAGUGUGUGUGAAUUUCUGAAAGACAAUAUUAAAGAGACUACGUGGAUUUAUC